AUGGCCUCCGCCUUUAAGACCCUCGCCGCUCUCUUCCAUGUUUUCCCACUAAUAAUCCUUGCUGGUUUCGCAAAGGAGAUGAAGCACCACCAAGCAGACAACGGCAAGAUGAAGACGACCCGCCUGCAUUUCUACUUCCACGACAUCGUCAAUGGAAAACACCCGACGGCCAUUACGGUUGCCGGCCGGAGAAACGAGUUUGGCAGCACGGCGGUGGUCGACGACCCCCUGACAGAGGGGACGAGUCCCGAGUCGAGGGUGAUUGGGAGAGCUCAGGGGUUGUACUCCAUGUCCUCCAGGGACCUCUCUUCCCUGCUCAUGGUCAUGAAUUUCGAGUUCACAAAGGGCAAGUACAACGGGAGCUCCCUCAGUGUUCUCGGGAGGAACCCAUUUCUCGAGGCCAUGAGGGAGUUGCCGGUUGUAGGGGGGAGCGGGAUUUUCAGGUUCGCGCGGGGCUAUGCACUUGCAAAAACUCAACGGUUCAAUUUGAACACAGGGAAUGCUGUGGUGGAGUACAACGUCUAUGUCAUGCAUCCCUAA